UAGGCCAAUCAUAUCAUUUACUUAAAAUUAAUUGUUAAACUGUGAACGUCAAUUAAUGAAUAAUGUGAGCUACAUCUUUUUAUUGUUGACCAGUGUCAUAAACAACAAUCAAUUGUAAUAUCUACCAUGAUCCAAAUUGUGUUUUAUUACAUCAGAAAUAAUGUCUAAUCUCAACACUAUUACUAAUGAUAUACUUCGUAUUUCUGAUUACAAUCCUUUAAUUACAUAUGCUGGUGACAAGGAACUAUUUGAAAGUUUAAAAGUAGUAUUCAGUCAAUCGUUAGGGCAAGAGCCAAUAGAAUGGAGAAGACAGUAUGGUAGACCUAUGAAAAUGGUUACAUUAACUACAGAUUUUGUUCCAUUUAAUAAAGAUGCAGUUGCUGAACAGAUCAGCAGCCGAAAUCUUGUAGGUCGUCCAAUAAUGCACACAUUUUGGACUCAGUGUUUAGAUAUGGAAAUCUAUAAAUCAUCACUCAGGGAUGAAAUUGAUCAGUGGAUGUGUGAAAUGAAUAAACACAACAUAAUAGACUGGGUAAUUAUUGUAGUUGAAACUUAUGAUUUGAGAAAACACAACAAAUUAUUAUCUCGAACAACUGUUUUUGAUAAAAUUAAAAGUGAUUUUGCGGAAAAAAAAGCAGAUCGUUGUUUGUCUGUUAUAAAUCCACCAAAAUCUGAAUUACGUUGUGGUAGUAGUGCAUGGCGAGCAUUAAUAACUAAUGUACGUCUGUUAACAUUAACUGCAUUUGAUAGACUUUUUUUAAAGUAUGAAGACUACAUACGAAGUUAUAGAGAACAGAGAAAUGAUCCAUCUUGGAGUUUUUGCAAGUAUUUUUUAUAUCAGGAAGAAUUAGCUUUUGCAUUAGAAAUGCUUGGACUUCAUGAUGAAGCAUUAGUUCAGUAUGAUGAACUAGAUGCUAUGUAUACACAAUUUAUACUGAACUCUUUAAUUGGAAAUGUGCCAGAAUGGUUAACUGAAUUUCAAGGCUCCCUAGAACGAUGGGCUGCUGUUUUAUUUAUUGAUAAAAUAAGUCGUAAGCAAAGAGAUGCUAUCAAGAAAAAAAAAUUAUCAUUCUUAGAAUUUAGGUGCUAUUUAUUUUCUCGACAAGCAUCUUUAUUAAUAGCUGCUCGAAAACCAUGGCUAGUAGCAGAAAGAGCAUUACCAUUCCUUUAUCAAGCAGUAAGUGAUCUGUCGACUUUAGAAAUUAAAUGUCCACCUGGUUCUAUUGCCUGCUGGGUUUUACAAUGUAUUGCUCAAAUUUUAACUAUUUGCCAAUCUGUUAAAAAUUCAUUAAAUUUGGAAGAAUGUUCACACCAUACUGCUCCUCUUUUGUAUUAUUCCUUAAAAAAGUUAUACGAACUUGGAAGUUUAUGUGGUUUACUACCGGGAAAAGUCCAAACUACUGAACAUCUCCAUAAUGUGCAAGUUUUAUGCAGUGGUAUGCAGAGUGGUCAUGACUUAUCUGCUGCGACUGAAUCUGUUGCAACACUCAAAAGGGCUCUAUCAUCUUCAGAUACAUUUAGUAAACAUUAUUUGGAAGUUGCUGAAUUAGCUAUUAGUGCUUACAAACAUAACAAAUUAAUGAGGUGUGCACAUAGUUUAGUUGGUUUGGAAUUGGCCAAAUUUUACACAUUAUCUGGUGAUACUACUAAACGAACAAUGUUUUUAGUCCGAGCAUUAAACAUUUUUGAACAAGAUAACUGGGAUUUAUUAGUUGUUCAAACUAAUUUAGAAUUAGUAAAAUGUUUUAAAAAAAUUGGAAAUGUUGAUCAGUUUGUGAAAACAUGCCUACAGCUAUGUUCUUCUCCUAAUUGUAACAUGCAAAUAAGGCAAGAUCAUUUUGAUCAAAUGUUAGAAAUGGUUAAUAUUUCUAAUAUAGAAAGUGAUAGGCUACCUAUUACAUAUAACCAUGUAUAUCAACAAGAUGGCCAUUUGGCAUCAACUGGUACAAUGUGUUUAAAUUCUAAGUCAUACCUAAGGCGACAAGAUAGUCAUAGAAGAAAACCUUCAGCUAUUUGUAGUAAGAAUGAUUUUUGUGACACCAUCUCUAAUGAAAAUGUUACUAUUGUGCCUGGUCUUAACUGUAUAGACUUAACAUUAAAUGAUUCUAAAAAUAAAGAGUCUGGAAUUUAUUUUCUAGAUAAAAUGGCUGUAACUUUAUCUCAAAAUCUAGAAUUGGUCACUAAUUUACCAAAAUCUUUAAUAUUUGAACUUAAAAGUACCAACCCUACAGUAUCACUUAAUCUUUCUGAUGGAAAGCCCUUAUUUGCUGGGAUAGAAGAAGUAUCUCUUCUCUGUAUAAAAUUUGGAACAAAAACUAUAAAAGCUAUUAACAAAAUUAAAUUAAAUUCUACACCAGGCCUAACUUUUUGUCUUCAAGAUAAUACAGAUUUCAGUUCUGAUAUUUACAUCAAUUCUUCUACAUUUAUAAAUUCAGGAAAUUCAAUAUCUAUACCGAUAACAUUUUUUGCACAACUUCCAUCAUUAAAAGAUCAUUGUGGGACUAUUCAGCACAAACUAUGGGUAAAAUGUGAAAAUGAUGACCAUGAUCUUGAUGAAAUAAUGUGUGUUUCUAUCGAUUUUAAUCUUCCAUUAACCAUUACUCAUCGAUUACAUACUUGUGAGUUUCGCAAAUAUGUUGGUGUUAAUGUAAAUUGUCAUUCAUAUUCACCUUUGGCACUUACUGUACCAAGUAUAAUUGGAGUCAGUCUUCCACCUACCAUCACUGUUAUUAAACUAAUUUCAAUGAACCCACUGUUUGAACCAUUGACUAAUUUAAAAAAUGGUGAGAGUAUUGGUUAUUUAUGGGAAAUUGAUUUCUCAACUACAGACAAUAACACAUCAAGCACUUUAAUUGAGCCAUUAAAAUUCAAUUUUCAACUCAAAUACUCAUCUACUCAUCAAAAAGGAAAUCCCCAUGACUUAAAAUAUGAGUUUUCUAUUGAUAACUAUAGGACAUUGAUAAUGAUUCAAAGUAGGGUUGAAAUGACUGGAAAAAGUGGAGAAUUUUGUCGUGUUAAUACUGUUUGUUCAUUUAUGGCAAAUUUUAAAAGAAUUGUAUUGCCAAAUACAACAACAAAUGAAAUUUCUUUCAAAUAUGAAGUUGUUGUAGAUAAAUCUAUGUGGGUAGUGUGUGGACGUGGAUCUGAUGUAAUUACAUUUCCUUCUAAUUCAUUGACUCAGGGUGUGUCUAUUGAAGUCAUGCCAUUAAUUAGUGGAUAUCUGCCUAUACCAACUUUUAAUCUUUAUCAAUAUUAUCCAUCAAAUUUACGUCAAAAUAUUGAAACCAAAAUGUCACCUUUCACAACAUGUCAAGUAUACAAUUCAAAUAAAGGAAUUCAAGUACAUGUUUUGCCACGUGUAUCUUUAGAAACUUAGUUUAAAAAAUAUUAUAUGUAUAAUUUACUCAAAUUUUAUUUGCUCAUAUUAUUUAAG